ACAUGUCGAAGUCUGCAUCGAAGCUUAGAAGAGAAGCCAAGAAGGCAGAGCGUCUUGCCGCUAAGGGUGAAAACGGCAAGCGCGUUAGCAAGAGAGCAGCUGCUAAGGCUGCAGCUACUCAGGACGCGUCUGUGGACGAUGUUACGAAGAGCAUGGCCAACGUCUCGACGGACGAUCCUAUGUUCGAGCGUAGUGCUUCGGGUGUGCUCGUUUCCCAGGCUAUGAGUCGUGAUAUCAAGAUUGAAAGCUAUACGCUGUCAUUUCACGGUCGUUUGCUGAUUGAGAACGCAACUAUUGAACUUAACCAUGGUCAACGUUACGGUCUUUUGGGUGCUAACGGCUCAGGAAAGUCUACCUUCCUCCAAAGUUUGGCUGCUCGCGAUAUCGAGAUUCCUCCUCAUAUCGACGUUUACUUGUUGAACGCUGAGGCUGAACCCUCGGAUGUUAAUGCCAUUGACUACAUCGUCGCUUCUGCCAAGGAACGUGUCACCCAGAUUGAGGAGGAGAUUGAGAAGCUUGCUACGGCUGACGAUGUGGAUGAGGUCUUGAUGGAGUCGUUGUACGAGGAGUUGGACGAGUUGGAUCCCAACACGUUCGAGGCUAAGGCUGCCAUGAUUUUGAACGGUCUUGGUUUCACCCAGGAAAUGAUGGCCAAGCCCACUAAGGAUAUGUCUGGUGGUUGGCGUAUGCGUGUUGCCUUGUCUCGUGCCCUUUUCAUCAAGCCUUCUCUGCUUCUGUUGGACGAGCCUACAAACCAUUUGGAUUUGGAGGCCGUCGUUUGGUUGGAGUCUUAUUUGGCCAAGUACGACAAGAUUCUUGUGGUUAACUCUCACUCCCAAGAUUUCUUGAACAACGUCUGUACCAACAUUAUGGAGCUGACUUCCAAGAAGAAGCUUGUGUACUAUGGUGGUAACUUCGAUAUCUACAUGCGUACUAAGCAAGAAAACGAGACGAACCAAAUGAAGGCUUACGUCAAGCAACAAGAGGAAAUUGCCCACAUCAAGAAGUUCAUUGCCAGUGCUGGUACAUACUCGAACUUGGUUCGUCAAGCCAAGUCCAAACAAAAGAUUAUCGACAAGAUGGAAGCUGCCGGUUUGAUUGAGAAGCCCGAGCCUCCCCGUCAAUUCAACUUUGAGUUUGAGGAGACCCGCAAACUCCCUCCUCCCAUUAUUGCUUUCAACGAUGUCGCCUUCUCGUACGACGGCAACAUUGAUCAUGCUCUGUACCGCGACCUUUCCUUCGGUGUGGACAUGGACUCCCGUGUGGCCAUUGUCGGUAAGAACGGUACGGGUAAGUCUACGUUGCUUAACCUGAUUACUGGUCAGCUUAUUCCCAUCGCCGGUAAUGUUUCUCGUUACAGUGGUCUGAAGAUGGCCAAGUACUCGCAACACAGUGCUGACCAACUUCCUUACGACAAGUCGCCACUCGAGUACGUUAUGGACACCUACAAGCCCAGAUACCCCAACAGAGAAGUCCAGCAAUGGCGCAGUACUUUGGGUCGUUUCGGUCUUUCUGGUGCUCACCAAACCAGUGAAAUCCGUACCUUGUCUGAUGGUUUGAAGAGUCGUGUGGUUUUCGCUGCUCUUGCCUUGGAGCAACCUCACAUCCUUUUGCUUGAUGAGCCUACUAACCAUUUGGACAUUGACACAAUUGAUGCAUUGGCUCAGGCCAUCAACAAAUGGACUGGUGGUGUCGUUCUCGUUUCUCACGAUUUCCGUCUUAUUAGUCAAGUCGCUAAUGAGCUUUGGGAGGUCAAGGACAAGAAGGUUGUCAAAUUGUCUUGCUCUAUCGAGGACUACAAGAAACAAAUGGCCCGCGAUCUUGAGGAGCAUGACACUACGUUCAAGGUUAAGCAUCUGCUUUAAGCUGUCUGCGAUGUUGAUAAAAAAGCUAGCUGGUGGUUUGUUAAGACCACUCGAGAGUUUGGUUCAACGACUCUGCUUGAAGCGUCUGUUACACAAGCGCGAUGGCUAGCAGCUCGUAGAUGCCAUGUGUAUGCUAUUGUUUUUGGUACUGUAAAGUUGCUUGAUGCUUACAUCCUGACGGGCGCUGAAUUUGUGAUUCUCGUUUGCUGGCAAGAACAGAUCGGCUGUACUGUUGCGCCCUCCUUUUUUGUAUAAAAAAAGCUUUUGAAACCAGGUUCGUCCCUACGUUACGAGCUUUAUGGAAAUCGUAGGGACUAUACAUUGGGUUGUUAACAAGGCUUUAAACGGUGUGUAUAGAAGGUUUAAUAUUAAAUGUACAUGGGAAAACUCGGGAAGGCGAGAGGACCCGGUGUAACGUGGCUCUUUCGCUGUUUCGGUUUUAUAAAUGUAGCUCAGCAUCUUAGCGCGAUGUUGCGACUGUAACAUUUAUUUCAUAUCUACUUUUC